AAGGGAUAUUGUUGAUUGAUAUUUGUUGGGUUGGGUAUGUGGUUAAAAAAUCAAAAAUAAAAUUAAAAGAAAGAUAAAACUAAAAUCCAAAAAAAAUCCAAUCCGUGAGAGAUGGUGGCGCUGCUGCUGCAUUCUUUCCUCGUCAACACCCGUUCAUCACCACCGGUGACAACCACCACCGCCGCCGUAACAUGCUCCUCCUCCUGCUCCUCACGGCGGUGGUCUUGUUGUUCAGUAAAUUAUCAUCAUUUUCCGAUUAGUAGCAGUAAUAAUAGUAUGAGGAGGAGGAGGAGGGGGAUAGGAAUAGUAUGUAUGGCGAAAGAGAGAAGGGUGAAAAUGGUAGCGAAACAGAUACAGAGAGAGCUUUCUGAUAUGCUGCUGACCGACCAGGUUUUACAGUACGCCAUCCUGCCCGAAGCUGCCCUUGGUGCUGACCGCUAUCUCUCGUCUCUUACUACCAUCAGUGAUGUUGAAGUCUCUUCUGACUUACAGGUGGUUAAGGUGUAUGUAUCUGUUUUUGGGGAUGAACGAGGAAAGGAAGUAGCUAUUUCUGGGCUGAAAUCAAAAGCAAAAUACGUGCGUGGACAGCUCGGCAAGCGUAUGAAACUUCGAUUGACUCCCGAGAUAAGGUUUAUUGAAGAUGAAUCCUUAGAGAGAGGAAGCAGGGUGAUUGCUAUAUUAGAUAAAAUAAAAGGUGAGAAGAAGAGUGAGGAAUAUCCACUGGUUGACCAAGAUGAGUCAUUGGAUCCAAAUGAUGAAAGUGAAGACUGGGAGGAUGACGAUCCUGAUGAUGACAUCAUCUAUGUGAAGUAGUUAUUACAUGAUCUUUUGCUUCUCUCUUCAGAACAAAGCCUGUUCGGCUUCAUGCAUUCUACUUUUCCCCUGGUUAGUUGUCAUCCUCGACAAAUCUCAACAUGAAUGCAUAUAUGUGAAGAAGAGUCGUGUAUGUUUUCCACAUUUAACAGAAAACUAUGGAUGAAACAUGGGUGGCUACGUACUUGGAUAAAAAGGCACUAAUAGGAAAUGCCCAACAAUAGUUUGAUUCUAUAGUGUUCUUACAUGCGCUUUUGUGUCUUGAGUUUAAUUGCACAUUUCAUAGCAUGAAAAUUGAAAAUUGUGUCAUAGGUCAAUUUUCUAUGCGUCUUUCUAGUGACAUUAUACAUCCAUGAUCUAUGUAUCUUUAGGAAUAGUGCAGUUUAUUCAUGCAUAUCUAAGUGAUAUGAUACUCAAGACGUUUCACUUUUCCAAAUGUACAUGAUACCUAAUGCGUGUGAUCUCAUUACUGGUGGAAAAGCCUUUAACUUCA